AUGAAUCGGAUAACACGUGUCUUAAAACAUGAACUUGCCAUUUUAACGCAUUUCAAUUCUAAUCAGCCACUCAACGCUUCCAACUUGGGCAUACCAAAACAAAACCAUUGGCUCAUCGCAUUGCUCUCUCCUCAGCGCCCACAGUCCCAAGGCCAAACCCGGAAACCGGUUCCGGUUUUAUCAAAAACCGGUUUUGGCUCCCGAAAACCAGGAGCUUAUUUUCUAACGUUCAAAAACCAGUGCAGAGUGGACCCUUUUACUCCCCAAUAUGUGGCGAUUCGACCGCACUGGUUCUCCACGCGUGCUGCCACGCGCCUCCUUUUCGCUCCUCAAAAUUUGAGAGAUCCCGGUAUAUAUUAUUUUCCCAUCAUGAGUGACGUGAGCCACGUCGACAGGAAGUAG